AUAUCUGCAGAGUGAUUUAAAGGAGACAAAAAUAUUCAUUCAUUCAUUCUAUACCGCUUAUACCUCGGGUCACGGGGAGCCUGUGCCUAUCUCAGGCGUCAUCGGGAAUCAAGGCAGGAUACACCCUGGACGGAGUGCCAACCCAUCGCAGGGCACACACACACACUUUCAUUCACUCAUGCACUCACACACUACGGACAAUUUUCCAGAGAUGCCAGUCAACCUACCAUGCAUGUUUUUGGACCGGGGGAGGAAACCGGAGUACCCGGAGGAAACCCCCGAGGCACGGGAGAACAUGCAAACUCCACACACACAAGGCGGAGGCGGGAAUCGAACCCCCAACCCCCGAGACAAAAAUAUAUAAAACAUUAAUACAAAAUUCCAAAUUUUGAUUUUGAUUUCAUUGUAAAUUAUUGGUUAAACAAUUGCUAUUUUUAUGUUGUUGGAUUUUUUUUUUUGUUUUGUUUUGUUUUACAAUUCAGUGAUGCUGGAGACGUCUCAAAAUUCAGAAAUUUACAAACAAGUCUUUUUACAAGCUGUUACCAUAGAAACAACGUAUUUGCUUCGUAACCUAACCCGUGAAACACUUUUAUAGAUCUUUCCCUGACUAUUCGACUAACAAUUUAGUCUUUAAAAUCAAGAACUUGCCAACAUUUAGUACCUGAUCUUUUCCCCAUCCCAUUAAUAGUAGCUUUUAGUUGGUAUUUCAUAUAAAUACGUUACAUUAUACGUUAGAAUUAGAGUGACAUUAGAAAGCAGUUUUUCAUCUUAAAAUUGAAACCAUUUUGGGAUUACAUGAUUAUAAAGUUCCAAAAUCUUCCUAUGAGAGUGUGAAAUGGUUAUUUAUAAGUAAAUAUGAAUCCCAACAUGACUACAAAAAGAGGGUCUCUCUCUCUCCCUCUCUCUCUCUCUCUCUCUCUCUCUCUCUCUCUCUCUCUCUCUCUCUCUCUCUCUCAGACGUCCAAAAAUAAACAGGGGAACUAGAGGAACUGCAUGUCCUCUGUGUAUAAAAACACUCUGUCUGUGAUUGCAACACCGCACCUUCUCUGGUGCCUCUGGAUCUCUAAAGAUAAAAAUCUGUUAUUCAUCUGCACCGGUUCUACUCAACAAACAGUUAAUUCUUUCUUUCAACUGUCAUUCGAGAUCGGUACAUUAGAGCAUGAAACAAAAAAUCUUGGACAUGCGCCGAGAUUUUUGCCCCUCGUUUAGGGCAGACUCGGACCCAGACCUGAAAGCACCAGCAGGUCCUGAUGACCAGGCAGAGAGGAUGGUGAUGAAGAGGGAGAUCUCUCUGGCCAAUGGUGUGUGUCUCAUUGUGGGAAACAUGAUUGGCUCAGGGAUAUUUGUGUCACCUAAAGGAGUUCUCCUGCACAGCAUGUCUUACGGCCUUUCGCUGCUUAUCUGGGCUCUCGGGGGCUUGUUCUCUGUCUUCGGUGCUCUCUGCUAUGCUGAGCUUGGCACCACCAUUGGCAAGUCAGGUGCCAGUUAUGCCUAUAUCCUAGAGUCCUUUGGUGGAUUCCUGGCCUUCAUCCGUCUCUGGUCAUCAAUCUUGCUGGUGGAACCAGCGAGCCAGGCUGUCAUCUCUCUGACGUUUGCUAACUACCUGGUGGAGGCUCUGUACCCAACAUGCCAACCUCCAUACGAUGCUGUGAGAGUCAUCGCCGCUGCCUGCAUCUGUGUGCUGAUCUUCAUAAACUGUGCCUAUGUGAAGUGGGGAACUCUGGUCCAGGAUGUCUUUACCUACACCAAGAUUUUGUCCCUCAUCCUCAUUAUUGCAAUCGGAAUACUAAAAAUAAUUAAAGGAGAGACUCAGAACUUUGAGAACUCAUUUGAAGGUUCCUCCUUGGAGGCUGGCAGCAUUGCACUCGCGCUUUACUCGGCUCUUUUCUCCUACUCCGGCUGGGAUACACUCAACUUUGUCACAGAGGAGAUUGUGAAUCCAGAGAGGAAUUUACCCCUAGCCAUUGCCAUCUCCAUGCCAAUUGUAACCAUCAUCUACCUUCUUACAAAUGUGGCAUACUACUUGGUACUGGACAUACCUUCCUUUAUGGCCAGUGAUGCAGUUGCAGUGACCUUUGGGAAUCAGGUUCUGGGACCCAUUAGUUGGGUUAUUCCCAUUGCCGUGGCUAUGUCCUGUUACGGAGGACUCAAUGCCUCCAUUAUUGCUUCAUCCAGGUUGUUCUUUGUCGGGGCCAGAGAGGGUCACCUACCAGACAGCCUGGCUCUGAUACACGCUGACCGCUACACUCCUGUCCCAGCACUCAUCUUCAAUGGUGUAAUGGGACUAAUCUUUUUGUGUGUGGAAGAUGUAUUCCUGCUAAUCAAUUACUUCAGCUUUAGCUACUGGCUGUAUGUGGGAUUAUCCGUGGUGGGACUCAUCUACCUUCGCUUCACACAGCCAGACAGACACAGACCUGUGAAGCUGACACUGCUCAUUCCCUUCAUCUAUUGCUUGUGCAGUCUUUUCUUGGUCCUUGUGCCCCUCUAUAGUGACACAGUCAAUUCCCUCAUAGGAGUCGCUAUAGCACUGUCUGGUGUACCAGUGUACUACUUCUGCAUCUACCUGCCUGUGGAGAAGAGGCCGAAAUGGUUGAGUCAGCUCAAUGCCUCCAUCACCAAAUACACCCAGAUCGUGUGCUACUGCUGUCUAACUGACCUCGACGUGGAGCCAGAGAAGUUGACUGAAAACAAGACUCAGUGAUUUACACAGGAAUGAGUUCUCUACUCAAAGACGGCAUUGAUUUUCGAACGUUUGAAGCGGGCGUGAACGUUGUCACCAUGGUUAACUUACAAGGGCUAUGGAGUCCGGUGAGGAGCUGUAAAAUUUGUAUGUAUUUACAAUAGGAGGCGUUUCUUUUAUGAACACACCAUGUCUUCUUUCAAUUUGUACUGUAUGUUUGAAGUACUAUCAGUAUAUAAAUGCAGAGAAAAUGCAGUAUAUAAUUUCUCUUUAUUUUUUUUAUAAAAUUGUGUUGAGGUUACGGUGUACUUUUGAUAAAUGUCUAAAAUAUGCUUAGUGUCUCUCAUUACUCACUCAUCAUUCAACAGAAUUUUUAUUUUUUAUUCGAAUCCUGAAUCGUUUUGAUGUGAACUAUGUACAGUUUUGUCCGGAUUAACCCUGAUGUUUUACUUAUGACUAAACUCUGUCAUCUGGGACGCACGUAAACCAGUGACCGGUCAGCAGUUUUGAGAGGAAGCAAGCCAGCUUGGACUGCUCCACAUAAAGGAGGAACUUCAAACCUUUAAGCAGCAACCAGAGAUUUCAAUGAGCCACUCAGUGACUCAGUCCUGUGACCUUGUGUUAAGGCAAAACAAUAUGCAUUGUAAUACUCCCCAAUGUGGAUUAUGAAAAUGCUGACUCAUAAGCUUUUAUGCUUGUUAAGAAAUAUAUUUUGAACACAUGCAUUUCUUUAGACAUCGUGGGCUACUGCUUAGAGGUAGGUGUGGUCUGGCCUAAAAAUAUAUACCAGAUCUAAAUUCUAUUACAAUGCUAAUUAAUUAGCCCUUUUGAGUCAUCAGUGAAUGAUUGGGGGUUUUUUGUUUGUUUUUUUGCCCCAUAGCGUUAUAACUGCAACAAUUGUUAAUGGGGUAAAAUUGGGGUAGGAAUCCUGGCUUCCCCAAGCUCACUCUAUGAGAGAGGGGGAAGCGAACUGGACAGUUAGUCCUUCUAUGGUGAUAGGAAACCUCUGCUGUAAUGAAGUGAACAAAAUAAACAUGAGCACAUUAA